AUGAUCUUCUCAAAACCAUCGGCUGUGGCUACCCUGACCACGUUUGCUGCCCUCGCCCAGGAUGUUUUCGCCGCCCAGCAGCCACUCCCAAUUUUGAAGGACUUCGAUGAAACCGGCGUUCUUGGUGCUUUGUAUCGCCCCAAUGUCACAAGCGAGAGAUCUCGUCUCGGCAUCUACGUAAUGCACGCUGAACAGGAUUAUACAUCAUUCGUCGCCUGUACGGCUCUCCAAGAACGUGGGUUUACUGUCUUUUGCGCAAACAACGAAGCUAGCAAGUCCGGGUAUAUGUCAGACCUCAACUUCGAAGACAUGAUGACACAGGCAAGCACCGGAUUGGCUUGGCUGCGUAACCAGAGCUAUAUCGACAAGACAGUGAUUCUGGGUCACAGUGGUGGCGGUGCGAUGAUGGCUGCUUACCAAAAUAUUGCUGAGAAUGGUGCUUCUGCGUGCAAUGGCCCGGAGAAGAUCUAUCCAUGCUCUGAUAGUAUGAAUGAUCUCAGCCCUGCGGACGGUCUAAUUCUGUUAGAUGCCAAUUAUGGUAUCUCGACUAUGGGGUUCUUAAGUCUCAACCCAGCAAUUCUAGAUGAGAACAACUCCCACAAGCAAAACUACUCGCUUAGUGUUUGGAAUCCUGCCAACGGCUUCUCAAACAAUACCCAGUGUAACUACACUGCCGAAUUCAAGUCUGGGUUCCAAAAGGCUGUGGUCGCUCGCAAUAAUCGUAUCUUAAAGCACGCCCAAAAAAGACUAAAAGCCAUUGAAGCGGGCGAGGGAAUGUUCGCCGAUGAUGAGCCUUUUACAAUUCCAUCCGCCCUUUAUCUCGGCCCUGACAACCUCAUAAUCAACCAGGAUGUACGCACUUUGCAUCACACUACAUAUCCAUGGACUCUACUCGAGAAGAAUGGUACAACAAAGCAGAUUGUUCCCUCCGUUCGCGUGCCGUCUGGCUGGACUGAUAUUUCUGAGUCGUGGGAGGAAGCCGCUGUCAAGACUACCAUUCGUCGCUACCUGUCUACCCUCGCCAUUCGAGCGAACGACAACUUCACCAUUCAAGCUGACGGAUUUACCGGUAUUGAUUUUGAUUCGACCCAAAUGGCACCAGUCUCUUCGAUCAAGGGGGUUAGCGUUCCUCUUCUGAAUAUGGGUAUGACGGGUCACUAUGAGUAUCUGAAUGCUGAAAAGAUUCACCUUGCGGCUGUCAAGAGUAAUGACACCGCUAUUGCUUUUGUUCAAGGUGCCCAGCAUCUUAUCAUCACAUGUACUGAGUGCGAAUCUUACCCCGGCGAAUUCGGUAACACCGUUGUCACUUGUUUCGACUACGUCGCUGAGUGGCUGUCGAAGAGCGGCCGCUUCAUCUGA